UUUUUUUUUUCUUUUUUUUUCUUUUUUUUUUCUUUUUAUACACAUCACAAUGGAGACUUCUUCGGCGGCUAUGCUCCAGCCUGCUAAAAAGAAAUGCGCAUCUUAUACUGAAGCUUAUUUAUCCACUAUGAAUUAUGUUAACAAACGCUUUUUCAAGUCCCUUGGCUUAUUUUCAAUUGUAUUUACCAUCUUGUUUCAAUUACGAUUCAGUUUCAAUUAUUAUGCUCUUCUUGAUCUGAUGUCAUUCACAAGUCUGGCAUGUGUUGCCUUAUUGAUGGUGACAGGUGUGGUCUUUUUCUUUGUUCGUAACUUGAGUUUUACAGUCUGGGAACCUACUUAUCCUAGUUUACUAGCUGAAUAUGUAGGCAAUGGAACAUCCCUUGAUAAUGCACUCUUGUUGAGUAUUCAUGCUGGACUGACUUGGACACUGGUUCGAUUCUAUUUUAGUUGGAUUGCCCAAGAAAAAUACACUGAUGCCUUUCUAUUGAAGCCAUUAGGGCAUUAUUUGGGUACACGACAAUUGAACCAAGAGAAUAUCUUUAUUGCUUAUUAUAUUUUUGUAUUGGCUUGUCAUUACACUUUCUUAUAUGUCUCUAAGCGAUAUCAUGUGAUCAAAAUCAACCAAGUUCAACAAUCACUCUGGUCAGAUAUCAAAACAAGCUUUGCUACUUUACUCUGCCAAUCUUCAAUGACAGCUAUCCAUAGUUUUUUGUUUGCUUAUGUGACUUAUAUUCUAUUCAAUCGAUCCAUCUACCAUGUAGUUGCUCGUUUGUUUGGUAUUUUUUACAAACUACUGGAUUCACCUAUUAUUGGAUUUGAUUGGCAUGAUAUCCAUUUGAUGUUGCGUUGUAUGAUGGCAGGCAGUAUGACCAUCAGUACAUUUAACUUUAUUCAUCGUCUGUACAAUAUCAGUUAUGGUUCUCGUAUGGCUGUGACAGAUGGACUGGUCAAUCAAUUUGAUGUGUUGAUCGAUGGUCUUGAAGGACAAAAAGAGAUUCAAAUGGUUGCAUUUGCUGAAUUAGCCAUGAUAGCCACGAAACAAGAAGAGACACGUCAUACUUUAUUUCGUACAGUAGGUAAAGAUGUACAAGAUACAGCUUGGUAUAGAAUCAUGCGUGCUUGUCUUAAAGUGAUGGAUGAACUUAGAACCAAGAUGGAUAUUGAGUAUUAUGGUGUGUCUGUGCCUGUGACACCUGCUAUGAAACCUGUUGAACCUCCUUCUUCAAAUCAACCUCGUCUUCAGUUAUCAGAAGGUGAUAUUUAUGCACGCCACCAAACAAAGUAUACUGCUUUAGAUGAUCGUACCAAAUACAUCUUUUAUGAUGUAGCAGAGCGUAUGGAAACCAAUUUAGUGCCUAAUACUGCUCCUCGUUUGACUACCUGUGCUCAAAAGAUCACUCAGACACGCUUUGUUGAAUUCAUCAAGACAUUGGAACUCAAGGCAGGAUUAGGAGGUACUCUGGAACCCUUGUAUGGAGAGACAGUCCUACGUCGUGUUCAGACUGUGUUUAGUAAAUACCAGCUGGUGAUUUGGGCCAUUCAAAGUGUGGCUAGUUUGACAUCGCAUUCACUUCACGAAGAUCCUUAUGGUUAUGUACAGAAUAACAUUGCUGAUGUCUUGAAUGCCUUAUUGGGCUUAUUGGUUAAUGUUGAGAAAUACAUUCAGACGCCUCCUUUAGGCUAUCAUCGAUUAUUAAAACAACAGGAACAAUCACAAGAAGCAGAAGCCGUUGUAUUAGCUACAAGAGAAGCCAUUUAUCAAAUAAGAACAACAUUUGAUGAAUUCCUUGAUCAUUUCUCGAUUGAUAGAAAAUACAGUAACCAAUGGCAGCGUUUCCUUGAUUACCAAGAAUUGUAA